AUGGGAAGCUUCAUAGAGUACCGUGGCUUUGGUCAUGUUCUACAGGGCAGUGGUCCCUGGUUCUGGUGGCUCGUGGGUGCCUACUUAUCUGUUCCAAUUGUGGUGUACUUCCUCCUUCCGUUCAUCAUGUAUAGGCGUCCUCGAGGUAACAGGAAGACAGUAAGCAUACUAGUGCUUGGUGAUUUGGGCCAUUCUCCUAGAAUGUGCUACCAUGCGCUUCUGUUUUCGAAACUCGACUAUUACGUCAAUCUUUGUGGGUAUUUGGAGAGUGAACCACCCACUUCAGUCAUUGAGGAUAUCAAUAUUGAUAUACGUCCAAUUGCAGCUAUCAAGAACAAAGCAGGUUUGCCAUACUUGAUGUUCGCUGCUCAGAAGAUACUUUUGCAAUUCUACCAGUUGUUCCAACUUCUUCUUGAUGUGAGAGGGUCCGACUUUUAUCUCAUCCAGAACCCUCCCUCUAUCCCGCUCCUACUCGUGUUGGUUGUCUUCAUGAAGCUCUUCAGCAGGGACUCCAAAUUGGUGAUUGACUGGCACAAUCUCAACUAUAGCAUUUUGAACCUCAAGUACCAAAACUUGAAUCAUCCUUUGGUGAAAUUCCUCAAGGCUUACGAAAAGUAUUUGGGUAAGUUCGCUUGGCUCAACAUUACAGUGACUCACGCCAUGAAGAAUUAUCUAAUUGAAGAGUUUGGAUACUCUCCAUCAUCAAUAACAACAUUGCAUGAUCGUCCUGGAUCGCAGUUCAAACCCCUCGAGGAAUCGGGAUACGUGAAAGAGGAGGUCUUAGUUGAACAUCCGAUUUUUAAGGGUGUUCCUGACAUAAGUCUGUAUAAGUUACUUGUGAGCUCAACUUCGUUUACCCCAGAUGAAGACUUUGGUAUCUUACUAGAUGCGCUUAAAUUCUAUGAUGAGUCAAAAGCUAGUCAUGAGACCCCCGUCUUUUUGAUUGUGACAGGAAAAGGACCUCUCAAAGAUCAAUUCCUAGCCAGAGUCACCGAUCUCAAAUUUCUGGAUCGUGUUAUUAUAAGAAAUGCAUGGCUUUCAGCUGAAGACUAUCCUACAAUCUUGUCUCUAGCAGACUUGGGUAUUUCAUUGCAUACUUCCCUGAGUGGUAUUGAUCUACCCAUGAAGAUUGUUGAUUUCUUUGGUGUUGGCGUCCCCGUCAUAUCCCUCUCGUUCCCUGCCAUUGGUGAACUUGUGGUGAAUAAUUUGAACGGGCUUACAAUCAACCCUAAGGAAGAGACGACCAAGUCAAAGGGAGAAGAACUCUAUCGUUUACUCACAGAGGUAUUGCUGGAUGAAAAACAAUUGUUGAAACUCAAGGCGGGUGCGUUAGCUGAGAGCAAGAAAAGAUGGGACGCAAACUGGAGUAGGAAACUCGCUUCCAAGUUUCCAGAGUGUUCUUAA